UUGUUAUAGGCAAAGAGUGUACUCUGGCAGCAGUCCUAAAAAUAUUUGAUUCUUCUGCUAACCAUUACAUGACAAUAGGGACUGGACUGGGUGUAUAUGUGUCUGAUCUGAUGCCAAUGCCAGGACAAGCAAGUACCUAUCUUAAUAUUGUAUUCCAGAGGUGGUUUCAAGCUAAAAAUAAUCGCACUUGGGAUGAAUUAAUAAAGCUCUGUGAUGACUAUCCUGAUAAACUGGGUAAAACAAAGGCUAAUCUUCUGGAAUAUAUAGGCAAAGAAGGCUUGGCAGAAAGCAAGGGGACAGCACAAGCAAAUGCUAAAAAGCAAAAGAUUGAUUCAAAAGAACCAGUUGAUAGUGCAGCAGCUGGUGAGGACAAGAGUAAAAGUGAUGAGCAAAAAUCAGAUCCACCUCCUGAUGUCAGCAAAUAUUGCCCAAAACUGGAGGACAUUGAGCGAAAAAUUGAGAUGAAAACAAUUGAAGAGCUGACCGAAGGAGAGAAAGAGUUUAUAUCAAAGGUCCGUUACGUUCUGGCGACUGCCACAACCAUAGAAUACUGUGCUGUGAUGGGUUCAAUCGAUCCUCCUGGAGGUGAUGGUAAAUAUAUUAGAGUUAUCACAACAGAUGAAACUGGGAAUUUUAUCCUGGGGAAGUAUGGGUCGUGUAAUGUAGCAAUAACUAGGACAGGCCAGGGCCCAGAUGAGACUGAAGAUAUUCUUGUUUCAGUACAAAAUGACGUAAAAGCUGAUUUUGUCAUUGCUAUUGGGAUAUGCUAUGGAGCAAAGGAGAGCAAAACUGAGGAACUCAGUGAUAAAACAAAUUUAGGUGAUAUUAUUGUUGCCAAAAGUAUUAUCGACACUGCACAUCAGCGUAUUGAAGGAAAAGAUACAAUCGUUUUAGCUACCGAGUACCAUUGUGGAAGGAAUCUUUUAAAAAAGUUCAAACACCACGAAGUCUUUGAAAUUGAAGGUAAAGCCGUUAAAGUUCAUCAUCAAGGUUCUCUGGCCUCUGAAUUCACACUGUUUCGUAGCAAAGAAGCAAAGGAAGAGAAACUAAAAAGUGUCCAAGGAGCACUUGGAGGAGAAAUGGAGGCAAAAGGUAUUCAUAAAGCUGCUGAGAGAGUAGGAUUUGAAUGGAUUGUAAUAAAAGCUAUUGUCGACUGGGGAACAGAAGAAAAAGACAAGAAGUGGCAACCAUUUGCAGCUGUCUCGUGUGCCAGGUUUGUACUACAGCGCUUGAAAUGAUGCAUGAGGAUGCAUGAACCAUUGAAAGAAACUAUUAGUAUUAAGUGUAUUAAUUAAUUAAUCUAAACUAGGCUGAGUUUUAUAUGAUCACAGAUUAAUUUUUGUACCUUUUAUAGACCAGUUUUUUAUUAGUUAUUGUGAUGCUAAUAUUUCUUUU